CGUCCACCAAGAUGGGACCACAGCAUUGCGUAUAACGGAUAAUGAAGCCUUCGAGCGGGUGUGGAAGCUUUAACAAUGCAUUCGUGCUUUGUCGUGGCUCGCGUCCACUAGUCCACCAACAAAGCGUUGUUGUAUGGACCCCACAAGCGUCUGUCCACCGCAAAGCACAAUGUCAUUUCCACCUCUGGGAAUCGUAUAUAGUCCAGCCCGAAUGCCUACCUGGUAUCAUCAUCACCCCAAGGAGAAUCAGGCAUUCACCGAAGACAGAAUCAAGCAGCACCCUCUAUAAUCAACUUUCAAAUGUCUCCUACCAAGGUCUAUGUUUGCUCUCAGGAGAAGUGCGGCGAAACUUUCACCAAGUUCACGGAAUUCAAGAGACAUGAGGCUAGGCAUGCAGAAAACGUGUACACCUGCACCUUUCCGGGAUGUGACUUUGCGACGCUGAUAAAAAGAAGCUUCGAUGUCCACUCCGCUAAACAUACCGGCGAGCAACGCUAUGGUUGCCCUCAUGAUUGCACCUUUAGGACCCACGAUCCUUCUGCCUUGACGCGCCAUCGCAAAACAAAACAUGGAUAUGUUCCUCUUCCGCGCAGCGGACGCGGCGGCGGUCGUGUCGCUGCCCCCUCCGCAUCAGACAGGACUCCAUCGUCCCAGCCCUCUGCUUCGUCCUACCAAUCACACCCUCACAGCCAAGACCCGUCGUUGGUCUUCUAUGACCCGGUGGAUAGUGAGGACGACUUUACCAUGUUUAGCGAACCCGUGACGACGGCCAAUGGGUGGACUGAGGGCUGCAUGUGCCCCGAAUUCAUGCAAAGACGCCCUUCGGAGAUGCUCGGUUAUGCAUACAGGCAAUAUUAGCUUGCGCAACUAGAGGGGCAUGAACGCGUCUGAAUCAAACACAACCAAUUCUGCAGCGCCUGACUCUGGCUCCACCUUCGUCCCUCAGCCUUCAUCUUACAAUGACUGCAUGACUUGUCGCGUCAUAGGAAGCGGCGCGUUCGCUGCCACUGGCAUCUAUGCACUGAGAAUGGCCCGCCCCAGUACACCGGGGAGUAUAGUUGGCAAAAGGAUCAUGGGUG